AUGCAGCACCACGACCUUACCAGCACGGCAGGUAUGAGCCACGGCCACGGAGACAUGGACAUGGGAGACAGCGACUCCUGUUCGAUGAACAUGCUCUUCACCUGGUCCUACAAGAACACAUGCGUCAUCUUCCGGUGGUGGCACAUAAAGACGAUCUACGAUCUAUUUCUAAGUUUCCUAGCUAUCCUGUUCCUAAGUUACCUGUACGAAUAUCUGAGGUACUACAUCUAUAAAUCGCAGCAGAACCAUGGAGUCCUCCCCGGCAACUCCAGCUCGCCCGAGCGCAGAAGGAACAAGCUCUAUCAAAGCUGCUGGUACGGCCUCCAAGUUGGCUUCUCCUUCAUGCUCAUGCUAGUAUUCAUGACCUACAACGGCUGGCUGAUGAUCGCCGUGGUUCUGGGGGCCACAUGGGGCCAUUACUCCUGGGGUGCCCGGGUCAAGUCUGCCACGGAUGAAAUACCCUCCAUGGCGUGCCAUUGA